AUGGUGAUUUUUGAACAGCCUGCAGCAGCAGUGGUUCAAACUUUUAAGCAGAGGAAGGAAGAAAGAAGGAGACCUGUAGAUCCUGCCUGUCAGAUCCCUCUGCAGAGCCUUCUGACCCGCUGGCAGAUCAACACUCCUGCCCAGCUUGGUGUCAUCUGCAAACUGAGUGAGGGUGCAUGCAAUUCCCUCAUCCACACCAUUGAUAAAGACACCAAACAGGCCAACUCCAAUACUGAGCCCUGGGGAGCACCACUGGUGGCUGGGCUCCAGCUGGAUCUAACUUCUUUCACCAACACUCUUGGGACCCAGCCAUCCAAGCAGCUCUUUACCCAGAGAGAUUACAUAGCUCAUGAAUUGUCGCCACAGAAACCUAAACCAUUUGAAAAGCAUGUCAAGAGACAUGAGAAUAUGGAUUUGACCUCCACUUUUACCUCCUCCUACACUCUGUCUCAAGUAUCUUCAUGUCUCUCCUGGAGGAUGAGGAGACAUAUCCCCAGGACCAAGAUGGAUAGAAGAACCACUUACACAGAUGACUGUGUGUUACAGAAUGAACAGACAGAGCAGAUCAGACCAAAUAAUAGGUUUACCCCAUCAAAAGAGAAAUUUUACCACAGAACCAUUGUCCAGAACAACUGUUUUUACAGGGGACAGGUUGCCACUUAAAGCUAUAAACCUCUGAAUCUGGGCUAGAAAAGCAAGGCUCCCUUUGAGUACAUAAUCAAUUACAGAAUGAAUUAUGGAUGGGCAGAGUCCAAUAAGAUGAAAAAACCUGUUGUAUAUCUUUCUUCUCUGGAGAAAAUGGGCCUUCACACCACUACUUGGACACAUUGGAAGCACCCAAAUGAAAAGCCAGCCAAUAUGUGUCAACCUUUAGCCUAGUUUAAUAAAAUUACUGAGCCACUUAAUAACUCUUCUAUAGUGAAGGAAGACUAUAAGCCUUGGCUAUGAAAUAGACUAAAACCUUUCACUCAUGCUCCGACUUUCUCAGCAAAACCAAUAGAUUUCUUGGCUACGUUUUGGACCCAUCAUGGGCCUCAUUCUUGCAGGUAUGUAACCUAUAAACCUGUCUGGUCAGGCCCAAAGCAUCACACUCUCCUAGCUGCUAAAACAACCUACACUGCCAGUUACACACCAAAUGGCUUUGUUAGAUGCCUGGCCCCUUACAAAGACCUACCUCAGUUACAUCUUUGA